CGACACUUAUAUCUUCAUCCUUAUAAUAAUUGCCAUGCUCCUCAACCUCUCCCUCGUCGCCCUAUCUCUCGCUGCCACCACCAACGCCGCCAAUUCCAUCCUCAGCCCCGGUCAUGGUGCAAUUUGGUACAAGAACAGCACCGUCUCCCUCAACUGGACCCUCACCGACCCUGCUACCGACAACUACUUCUUCCGGGCAUACUUGUCCAACAAGGAUUCGAGCGUGUUGGAGGGAAAUCACUCGAUCGCCGACAGUACCAAUGCGACAGCAGAGUUUGUCUGGAUCUUGUUGCCGCAGGUCCCCGCUUCCGAAGGGUACACUGUGAAUCUUGUCAACACCACCAACGAAACGCAAGUGUUUGCGACUUCUGGGGAAUUUGAGAUCCAAGACGGCAUCGUCGCAUCUACCACCUAUUCCUCAUCCACCAGCUCCGCAUCCUCUACUAGCGCAGUCAACAUCCCAAACGCCAAGCUCACCACCAGCUCUUCAUUAACUUCCAACCCAUUCGCCACUGACGCCAGCUCCACAUCGUCGGGCGCUGUUUUCGCCAUCGAUCUCAACUUUGCUGGGAAUAUCGUGCACGGCGGUCUGGUGAUUACACUCGUGUGUAUUGGUACGGGCGUCUUCCUCUAGGGACAUUUGUGAUGUUUUCGCUGUGCCUUUCGGGGAAGAGGUGUGAUGUUAUUCCUUUUUUAUACUCAUGCUAUAUAGUUCCAGUUAAUUGUGAUCUUGAUCCAUCGUGAUACCUCUUACGACAUGUACUUGUAUAUACAGCA